UAGGAGUACCACUGCAGUACUGGCAUUGUCUGUUGAGAGUCGGUUUAAAAGUGUCCGGGCGAUGUUUUCAGUGGAGUUUAUAAAUAAUCAGUCCUGUUUUAACAUCAUUUCAUUUUUCAAUCCCGACAUUCAUUCUUUUUAUUGGUGCCGUUUGAAGGGCAUAGUUGUGAUAUUUAUUAAUUUUAUUCUGAUGCAAUUUGCAUAAUGAACAUAAGUGUGAUGUCACUCAAGGCACCGAAAACCACUAACGUUUCUUAAAGGUCAAUCUGCACUAGAUUUAACUGGAACUUUUGGGGGUUUUAUUGUCGUAAAUUUGGUUUUCAAAGUUUGGUUAUUCGGUGGUGUUUCAAAUUUAUGCAGUUCUUGAUAUUAUCCCAUAAAGGCAACUAGUAUAAUGGGCAACGUUUCCUUACAAACAUUUUGACGGAGCUCGACUUAUCCCCGGUUCCCAAUUUCGACAGAAAUCCCCCAAGCUGAGCAGUGUCUUCCCGUAAUGACAUCACAACAAUGCCACCCUCACUUGUCAGGAAAAGCAUGAAUGAAGCAUUUUGGAUUCUUUUAAAGGCACACUCGAUCCUUCUUGAGGACACCCAAAAAGGAACGCGUUUCGUCGUAUGUUAGAGGAAUGAAUUUCGCACAAAACAUGUUCCCAAAUAAAACUCAUGGCGUCGACUCUUUGCAAGUAAAAUAUUUAUCCCUGAGAAAAGCAACCAAAUAAAUGGCAUGCGGCAAUGACGAUUGCAUUCAGGUUCAGAAGUCCUAUGAGAAUAGGAAAUCUCAUCGAAAAUGUCUGGCAUCACCAUUUGUACAACAUAAAUUAAUGGGUCCCUGCAUGCGUAGGGCCGCAAAGUCAAGAUGAAGACCUGAAACUGAAGGCUUGUUUACAGAUACUGCGGGCCCGAUGCAUGCAGUACGUACAUGUGCAUGUACAGUACUUCCCCGUAGAUUUGCCCAUACUAAAUUGUGACUAUAGGCCAUAAACGUCAAAUGCACACAAGCCCAGGGACACGGGGCUGUUCAGAUACCGGCAUCCAGGGUAGGGUCACUCGGAAGUACGACCACAUCCGAGAGUUGGUGUUGACACUCAUGCAUUGAAAGGAGAAAAAAGACACACAAAUCAAACAACGCAGAAACCAGGAAGCAGUGAUCUAUUACCUAGUAAGUGUCACACGAUUUUUAUCCUCUUUCAAUGGCGUCCAUUUGAAAACCUACUCCGCUUUUCCUGCUGCGCAACCUUUUUUACAGCUCCAUGAGCGAGCCUACCCUGUGACGGUGUAUUGCGGAUCUGCUUGGGCUCUCAUUUAAUAAUUAUGCGUUGGUGUAAUUCCGUCUACGGCCGCGUGCACUCACUCGGAAAUCGUUUCGGCAGACGUGGACUGCGGAAUUCCACCAGGUCAUUCAACAAAUUGGCCUACAGCGGCACGGGGUUCGUACAAUGCUGUAGAGGUAGCACUUUGCUCACCGUACUUGUUUCUGUACACUAACUCAGGGUAUUUGUAAAAUCAUAUUGAAAUCAGAAGAAUAGGCUCUGUUAGGGCUAAUCGAAGUGAUACGCGGCGAGGUCAGACAAGAUGGCGGCCGCUGACAAGAGCUCCCCGGCCAAGGAGGGUGGCCGCAGGGGUGUGGUGAUCGUUCUCGCGGGACAUGUCAACAUGGCGCUGAUGCUGGGCCUUCAGCGAUGCUGUGGCGUGCUGUACCUGAGCUGGCAGAGUGAGUUCAACACUACCGCCAGGGAAACAGCGGCCGUCCAGAGUUUGUUGUCGUCUUUCUCGUGCUUCAGCGUAUUUCCGGGCGGACUUGUAACGCGGCGCUUCGGUGCUCGGGUCUCGGGAAUGAUCGGCGGAUUACUGAUAGCUCUUGGACUUUUCUGUAGCUGCUGGGUGAGCGACAUCAAACAGCUUUACAUCGCAGCCACGACUACAGGCUUUGGUCUGGGAUUUUCCUUUACGUCAGUGAUUGACGCCGUCGCCACGCACUUCAAGACGAGAUACAAGACCGCCCACGCAGUGGCAUACUCCGGAAUGGGGACGGGAAUCAUAGCUCUGCCGCCUCUCCUGCAACUUCUCGUGGACAGCUAUGGGUGGAGGGGAGCCGUGCUGAUCCUUUCGGCCAUAAUGGCGGACAUUAUGGUAUGCUGCGCCCUUUUCCAGCCCCCUGCUCGGCGGAAUCCGGGGUCGCCCCGUCGCCAGAUCAAACAGCCAGGGGCAGGCCUGGGCUGUAGUGACGCAGAUGCCUCGGGCUCGAGUAAGAAAGACUGUGAGAUUCGCCAGGGCGACGGAGCCGCUGCGGAAGCCGGCCCCGUUCCGGGGGAGUCGCUUUUGGAGACUUCGCCUGGACUAAAAGAUGGAGAGGGUGACACCCAGGAAUGGAUAUUACCAACCCACAGAGAGACAGUUAAUCCUAAAGCUAGUCUGUGGAAGAAGGUGUCCGCGUUCUUGGGACUGAGUGUCUUUGUCAAGAGCUACCGGUUCACUAUGUUGUGUCUCGUGCAGACGGAGGUGAACGCACCGUACACGGGGUUCAUCCAGUUUAUUAUUCCACGGGCGGAGAGCACUGGUGUGUCGCCCUCUGCGGCCGCCUUCCUCAUCAGCCUCCUGGGCAUCGGGGGCCUGCUGGGCCGCCUGGGCAACGGGCUGCUGAUCAGCUGGAAGGUGUCGGCCGAGACGGUCAUCACCAUCUGCUUCCUCUCGGCCAGCCUGUCGUCUCUCCUGCCCGUCCUGGACGGCUACGCCUGGCUGGCAGCCGCCUCCUUCGUGCAGGGCUUCACCGUCGGGGCUUUCCACGCCAUCCAGAUCGUGCUGAUCCGGCGGUACGUGGGCCUGACCAGGCUCGUUCUCAGCACGGGCCUGUGUCACCUGGUCGUGGGGAUCGGGGUGCUUAGUGGACCCGUAAUAGCAGGCUGGUUGUUUGACGUCACCGACAGCUACAAGACGAUCUUCUAUGUACUGGCAGGAAUGUACGGCGCCUGUGCGUUGCAGAUGUUGCUUUUUCCCAUGUUGAAACGAGCAGAGCCCGGAAUUGUCGUCCAGCCGUGGGACGAGAUAACCGCCUCCGUGCUCAUCCCAUGGAACAAAAGCACUGGCCUGCAAGAUGGCAACCUGUUCUAUAUUGGACUCUGUACAGCAACUGUACCAAAUGUUUCGGUUGGAAACUUCAACUUUGCCACUCGAAAAACCGAAACAUAUCCGCGAGGAAUUACCGCAUUGCUGCUGUCAUUUGUAGGGAGGAUCUGCAGUGUGUCAAACAUGGCCAAACCGUCACAUACGGGGCGGCGGACAGGGCGUGGAGCAGCGGAAGAGCCGCCGGAAGGUGGCCGGAGCAUAGUGGUGGUCAUCGCGGCUCACCUCGUCUUGGCGAUCGUGCUGGGUCUCGUGCGGAGUGCAGGUGUCUUGUACCUGAGCUGGAAGGAAGACUUCGACACCAACGACAAAGAAACAGCAGUGGUUCAGAGCAUCCUGUCCUCCAUGUCAAAUUUCGGUUGUCUCUUUGGCGGACCCUUGACGGAGCGAUUCGGCAGCAGGGUCUCAGGGAUCAUUGGCGGUACUCUGACUUGCAUCGGUUUCUUCUGCAGCUGUUGGGUGACCGACAUAGUUCAGCUCUACUUGACAAUGUUUGUAGCCGGAACUGGCAUGGGCAUCUGCUAUAAUUCACUUGUAGUCGCAGUCGCAAUGUACUUUAAGAGGAAGUACAAAGUAGCCAAUGCCUUGAUGUCGUCCGGCUGUGGAACAGGGAUCAUGGCUGGUCCGCCGCUUAUCCAAGUUCUCCUAGAACACUACGGUUGGCGGGGAACCUUGCUGAUCGCAUCUGCCAUAGCGGCAAACAUCAUCACACUUUGUGCACUGUUCCGCCCGAUUCGAGCGCCAAGAAAAACCCCGUUGCGGAUGGCCUCGCGGUAUGAGGGAGAGACCCCACGCAAAGGUGUUGCAAAUGAUAGACGAAAUAGCGAUGAGGAUUCUGGCCGUGAUGUCGGUGCGCUCGAGGUUGAAGGGGCGCAUACAGUGCAUGGUCCUCAUUCGAAAAGCAGGACGCGUCACGUCUCUCUCAAAAUGGUAUCCAAGAACUGCAAUCCAAUUGUAAAUUUAAUGAGAAGGUUGUCAGUUUCUUUCGGUUUUCAGCUUUUGGUGAAAAGCUACCGCUUUGCAUUGCUGUGCACCCUCCAGAUUUUGUACUACUGCGCAUACAUGGGGUUCUUGCUUUACCUCGUUCCCAGAGCGCAGAGCUUGGGUGUGGCGCCCUCUAGUGCCGCCUUCUUGCUGAGUAUAUUAGGUAUCGGGAGCUUGCUCGGUCGACUGGGACACGGAGUGUUUGUCAGCUGGAAGAUAUCAGCCGAGCACGUGACCGCCAUCUCCAUGGUGAUAGCCGGUAUAUCGCUACUGAUCACGGGCCUGGAGAGUUACUACAGUUUCGCCAUAGCGUCAUCUCUCCAUGGAUUUGUGAGUGGGUACUUUUCCGCCGUAGUGCUCAUUCUAAUCCGCCAUUUUGUUGGCGUGAAACAAAUGGCUGUUGCUUCAGGAAUCAAUCAGAUUUUUGUCGGGCUGGGCACGGUAAUCGGGCCAAUCGUAGCUGGUGCUAUUCUGGACUUGACCUCGUCUAACUACCAGGCGGUCUUCUACAUUCUCAGCACGGCCUACUUUAUCUGUGCUGCUCUAAUGUUCCUCUUGCCAAAGCUGAAGAGGGUGGAACCGGGCGAGAACGUCGAACCUACCGACGUUUGAAGGAACAAGCAAGGCUUGUGGGGCACAAUAAUUUCAUUGUGAACACUGAUUAAUCAUGCGUUCUCAUGGUUGAAAGAAAGUUCAGCCUCGGAGCAUACGUUUCUUGAUAAUGUUGGUCAUAAUCUUGUGUGAUUAAUGUCAUGCUUUCAGAUGGUUUGACUCGUCAUGCUUUUUGUGUACCAGUAUUAACGACGUGUUGUCAGAAUGUAUAUUAAACAUUCCUGCGUUUGGGCGUACCUUCAGCACUCUGUGGCAGAAGUGGGAAGAUAUUUUUAAUAAGGGAAUAAAUGUGUGCUUGGCCAGUCUUAAAUGUGCCUGACCGGCUGAGGAGAAUGGACGCAAUCAAUGCCCGAGUCUCAGGGGAGGGCAUAUCAGCGUUCAGUCUCCUAAGCCC